AAAAUUUUCGAUGGAUUUGAAAUAAUUGUUUAUACUUCCCAAUUUUAUGUCAGUUUUGAUUAUAGUUAAGCUUAGCUUCAAUAUCCAGGAUAUCCUGACCUAUUUCUCAUAAUGAAAGCGUGAUUCUUGCCCGAAGUUAGAAGUAAAACGCACCGCCAAUUUGAUGUCGAACGCCAUACCAAAAUUGUCAACUGCUGGCAAGGUUUAUUGUCUUUGACUUAUUCCAGCACCUAAGAAAAUAAAGUUUAGAAAUAAGAAACAUGUCAUCCAAAAGUAGCCCUAGGGUCGCGUUUAUCACAGAUCUGAAACUGCUUGCACUCUGUGAUCGUGUGCCCAUCAUAAGACAUAGGGCAAGCAUCACCAACAGCCUCAUCUGUGCCUAUAACUUGCUUGAUAAAGUUACAGUCAUCCCAUCCGUCCCUGCCACUGAGGAGGAUAUCAGGGGGUUUCACUCAGAGGAGUAUGUGGAGUUCCUGAAGACUGCUGAGGCAGACAGCGAGGAUGUGACAGAGGAUGAGUUUGGCUUAGGGUUUGACUGUCCUGUGAUCGACAAUUUAUGGCCCAUGGUGUGCCAGAUUGCAGGGGCUUCACUAACAGCUGCUCGGGCUCUUACCUCAGGUCAGGCGACAUAUGCAAUAAACUGGUAUGGAGGAUGGCAUCAUGCACAGAGAGAUUCUGCUUCUGGGUUUUGUUAUGUGAAUGACAUUGUCUUGGCUGUACGUCAGCUUCGUGUCAAGUUUGACAAGAUUCUUUACAUCGACUUGGAUGUUCAUCAUGGAGAUGGAGUAGAGAAUGCCUUCCUCUUCACCCCAAAGGUGAUGACGCUUUCAUUCCACCAGCUGGAGGCAGGGUUCUUCCCAGGCACAGGAGAGAAACAUGAUGUUGGCUGUGGCAAAGGGCGCCACUACACACUUAAUGUACCAUACAGAGUGGGGAUAAAUAACAAGCAGUUCAUUUAUUUGUUUGAAAG